ACCGAACGGAUUGAGAGAGUUUAGAUUGGAGUUGGAUUAUGUCAAAUUAUUGCGGCAUCAUGACAUAAUAAACACGCGACAUUGGACACUACUUGCAGUAUGUAAAGCCUCACUCUAUACUUGAACGUUCUUUCAACUCGAUGCAAUGAAAUAUGCCAGGAUUAUGCACAAUGCGUGACCGGACAGCGCUGCUGUUGUGCCUUGGCUCGUUCCUCUUCGGCUGCAUGCUGACCUUGAACCUGAUCGCCCUGGACUCGGCUGCCAAGCCUAAGAAGCAGUCCGAGUUAACCUCGAGCGAGCAGCAGAAUCUGCUGAUUGUCUUAGUCUUGUCCAAACCAGAAAACUAUGCCCAGAGGAAUGUCAUCAGAGAGACGUGGGCUUCGGAGGCGGCUGACGACGCCGUCUGCCUCUUUGUGCUGGGCAAAGGUGGCGACAAAAACCACCUGCGGCACGAGGUCAAGCAGUUUGACGACCUGCUCUUCGUCGACGUGCAGGACAGAUACGACUCGCUGACCACCAAAGUCCUCCAGGCUUUUGAAAAAGUCACAUCUCAUUACAACUAUAGAUUUUUGCUGAAGUGUGACGACGAUUCUUUUGUGCGCCUCUCAGCCCUCAAGACUGAACUGCAGACUGCUUCCUCGCCCCUCUACUGGGGCUACUUCCGGGGUGAUGCGCGAAUAAAAACUUCCGGAAAGUGGCGCGAAACAAAAUGGGACAUUUGUGACCGCUACCUACCCUAUGCACAUGGUGGAGGAUAUGUAUUAUCGUCCGAUCUCGUGUCCUUCCUGGCUAGAAAUGUGCAGAUGUGGCGCCGAUUCAACAGCGAGGACAUCAGUGUGGGCACGUGGUUGGCGGCCGUGGAGGCGAGGAGGCGGCACGACCGGCGCUUUGACACUGAGCACCGUUCCCGUGGCUGCAGCAACAGUUACCUGGUCACUCACAAACAGAGCCCUGAGCAGAUGAAAGCUCUGUGGAGGCAGCUCAAGGAAAAGGGCAAGAUGUGCGAGACCGAGGAGACCCUGGUGCCAGGGUUCGAGUACAAUUGGAACGUCCCGCCCUCCAAGUGCUGCAACCGCGCUGGCGACGGCGGAAUUUGAACUUUUUUAAGAUAAAGAAAUCUGAUUUAUGUGCCACAAAUCCCAACGAUUUUAUGUUCAAUUUUACACACUGACAGCUACUGAAAUAUAAAUGAAACAUUUUUAUCUUGAGGAAGUUUAAUUUAUCAAUUU